UCAGGCUGGUAUCAAAGCAGCCCACCUUGGCCUCCCAAAGUGCUGGGAUUACAGGCAUGAGUCCCUGCGCAUGGCCGGACCUGGGUUCUUGACUCUUUUCUGGAAGGCAGGGAGAACCCAGGACUAGUUUCCCAGGGACCCUGUACCUGCCAGAGGAGCGUCAUAGCCCAGCUGCCUCUGUCCUCCCAGGUAUGGGAGUGUGUCAGCUCCCAGGGGAGUCCCACUACGUGAGCUUUGAUGGUAGUAACCAUUCUAUCCCGGAUGCCUGCACUCAUGUCCUGGUGAAAGUGUGCCACCCCGCCAUGGCCUUGCCCUUCUUCAAGAUCAGUGCCAAGCAUGAGAAGGAGGAAGGUGGAACUGAGGCUUUCCGCCUUCACGAGGUCUACAUUGACAUCUACGAUGCCCAGGUCACCCUGCAGAAGGGCCACCGUGUGCUGAUCAACAGCAAACAGGUCACCCUCCCCGCGAUCUCCCAGAUCCCUGGGGUCAGUGUCAAGUCCAGCAGCAUCUACACCAUUGUUAACAUCAAGAUCGGGGUGCAAGUCAAGUUUGACGGGAAUCGUCUCUUAGAGAUUGAAAUCCCCACAACCUACUAUGGAAAGGUCUGCGGCAUGUGUGGGAACUUCAAUGAUGAGGAAGAGGAUGAACUAAUGAUGCCCAGCGACAAACUAGCACAUAGUGAUGGUGAAUUUGUGAACAGUUGGAAAGAUAAGAGCAUUGACUCAAGGCUAUCCAGAAGAGAAUCCUUCACCAGCCCAAGUGUGAGCAGGCCUGGAGACUCUGCUGCUGAACUGCACCCCCUGAUGGCCAGCCUGGAUGUCACCUCUAUCCUGCUUGAGCCAGGCUCCCUGGAUCCCUGGACCACCUCCGCUCAGAGACUCAGGCAAGAGCUACAGAUGCUCAUGACUGAAUGUCUCACCUGGGCCCGGAAUAGCAGCAUCAAGCACCCUCUUAGCCUAACUCAGAAGUCAGAGUUCCUAUUUCAUCAGUUGCAAAGCAGAGACAAUGCCAUCUGCCCGAUAGCAGAGCAAAAGGCAGGUACUGCCAACCCUGUGGUGCAGCUGCUGCCUCAGUUUCCCCUCAUGCUCCAGGUCCCCACUGUGGCGGUUGCUCUUCCCUGA